AUGGGCAAUACGGAACCACCCAACGAUUAUCAACUUCAACGUCCUGGUGAUCUACGUCGAUAUACUAUAUUGGGGGCAGAGAAAGAGACGGGUGAUUGUAUUAAUUUGGACAAUGCUCAGCUAUAUUAUUACUAUACCGACGAUCUUACAAAUAAAGUUAAAGUUACCGAAAUAUUUGAAAUUGAUGAAGAAGAAAAACUAGCGGUCGAUCCAAAAUUAUUUGAAGGCAUUGUUGAAGAUCACCCAAACCCUCAUCAGCAUCAUCAUAAUGUAGUUAGUGAAUGGAAUGGAGUAGAGUCUGCUUUUUAUAUUGAUGAAUAUGCGACUAACCAAAUGCCUUUUGAACGAGACAUUAAACGAAAAACUUCGAUAAGCACUGACACUGGAUACUAGAAUGAAAGUGAAUAUGCGAUCAUUAACGACAACGACCUUGCCAAAAAAUCGAAUAUGAGGUGUUCAGCGCCCAAAAGUUGAUCACUACUUUGGCACAUAACAUCAAGGAAAUAAUAGAGCUGGAGAAACGGAUUUAUCUAAUGUUUGAUAGCGGCAAACCCGAAAACUUCAAAAGGCAAUUAAGAUGAAUUAUGAAUUAUAUAAAUUAAUUGCACUUCCGAUGAUUUUGAUAAACGAGUAUACCAACAAAUGGAAGUAUAUAGUUCUUGCCUUUAGUUAUAAAUUUGACGGAAACUCCUUUAUGGAAGUACAAUUAUUAGCAAAUAGAAAAUAUGAUUUGUAAAUUGAAUCUUUUAAUUUAUCAUAAGUAAUACUAUUAAAUAUAAGAUUUGUAUGUAAGUAAAUAUUUCAAGUCUUUUGUUUAGCGUUUUUAAUUAUUAAAUUCGAAACAAUAUGGUAGUCUGUCAAAAAUAAUUAAUGAAAAGUAUUCAUUUUGUAUUUGUAUGCUAUAAUAGGUCAGGGUGUCUAAUGUGCGCAACUAUUGGGACCUGAUGAUUUAUAAUUACUUGCGGAUAUUCGACACAAUAUUGCCUUAAGAAUUAACAAUUGAAACAUCUUAACACUUUGCAUUAAUUACUUUGAAAGUUUACUAUCAGUUUGCUAUUUUGGCUACAAAACCAACUUGAAUUUAAAGAUGAGUAGUUAAGAAAAUGGUAUUA